AUGGCAUCUAAUAACUCAACAAGUCAGUUGGCGGCAUUGGCAGCGUUUAAGGCUAUCAAUAGUAAAAAAAAUGAAGAGCCGCAACCUAAUAACAGAUCCAGAAUACCACUAAAAGUUGACACAACAGCCCCACCACAGACACAAAAGAAGGCAUUAAACUCGGCCACCAAGGCAAAACCUAGCAAUCAGAUACCACAGACUCAAACAGAUAAGACUAGAGGCCAAACGUCAGAAAACAAUGGCCAGAAAACAACACCAACAGUUUCAAACGUAACAAAUACUUGCAAAACGCCAAAUACACCAAGAACACCUAAAAUUAGUAAAUCCGUCGAGACACCUAAUUCAGUAGGUGCUUUAAGAAGAUCAUCUAUGUAUAAUAAUUCGUUUGCGGUUGAAAGCCUAGAGAAUGAGCCACCUAAAAAUGAUUAUUUUGGCGAGCCUCUAUCUACGCUUAAUAAUGUUGAGAGACGUAAGACCGUUUCACAACAUUCAUUGAAUUACGAUCCUCAAGACAUGAUACGCAAUGUGAAAAAUUCCAUUGGAUCGAAAUACAUAUCGAAUGAUUUAUCUCCGGGCCUUGUAAACGUUAAGAGGCUAUCGACGGGAACUCAACCUAAAGAUAUGUUAGACCUGGUAAGAAACUCGAUUAAUUCGAAAACCAAAACCAAUUCAAAGAAUCAAGAAAUGUCACAGAAAAAUGCACUUAUAUUAAAUGGAAUAAGGGAUAGUAUUGACCUGAAGAGAAUAUCGAGUCAUCAUGACAAUAGCACAAUAUCAUUACCUCUAGCCGAGGAAAGGGAUAAAAUCAUUAAUUUAAUAUCGAAGAGUAACAAUCCAGAAGAGCAAUUAAUGCUUUAUGGUCAACCAAUAUAUAAUUACUCUUCUUCUUCCUUUGCAUCAUCGUUUCUGGAAAAUGACAACGAUCAAUUGCGUACGCCAGUGAUUGUUAGGACUGAUAUGGAUCUUCCUGAUCCUGAUAGUAACGCAUCAAUUCAGCACGAUGAACGUGAAAAUUACUCCAAUGAAGACGACGAUUUUGAUUACAACGAUACCUACGAUACUAAGGAAGAGAAGGAAGUUUCUCCCAUUAAUAUCCCAUUAUCACUGCAUGCUUGUGCUAGAUUAGGUAUUGGUAACAACGAAACUUCUAAAACUUUUAUGAACCUAAGGAUUCAAACUCCCGAUAAAGAAGAUUCAUCAAGGCUUAAACCUAAAAGGAAACCUCCACCAGAGAUGGAUGAUUCCGUUUCCCCAACACUUACGGAACAAAGUGAUGGAUAUCAGACUGAGGGAGAUGAUAGAUUGUCUGAUGCUUCGAGUAAUGGGACACGAAGACAAAGCGUGCAAUAUGACGAUUAUCGUGGUUAUUCUGAUGCAUCUAGUAAAUCACAAAUUAAGGUAAAUGAUGAUAGUGAUUAUUCCUAUUUUGAUGAAAGUGAUUUAAGUGGGUCUGAGACUCCAAGCGUGGAGAAAAUUGACAAUGAUAAACUGUUUUUAGAUGAUAAGCUCCCAAUAUUUCCAGAUAUUAAGGCAAAAUCCAGAAAGCUUUUUAGACAUAAAAAAACUAAACCAAUUUAUAAUCUGGAUGAUCCUGAUGCAUCAAAAUCUGAUCUACAAUCAGCUACCGAAGAGCUAAAAAAUAUAGCUGCCCCUUCAAGAACAUCAACUCCAGUAAUGGGCCAUCAACCACAACCGGUUCAAUUAAAGGCAACGAUGAGAACAAACAGGAGAAAAGAAAAGAAAUACUCUUUCAAUGAGAAUAAACCAUGGAAAAACCACAGUGAGCUAUCAUAUAUCGCCGAGCUGGAAAGAAAGAGAUACGAAGGUUUAUGGGUAAGUAACAGAGGAUUGUACGUUAAUUGUGCUGUGACUAGAUUCAUCGGCGUUGAUUAUAAUGGCAAACCAGAAAUUGAGCUGCAAAUUGAGAAUCAAGAUGUACCUACUACGGCUGCUUUAUUAUCGUCGAGGGCUACGAAUGAGGAUAAUGCUAACGUCGUUCAUCAAAAUUUCCAUAAUCUAUUAUCAGCAGAAACAUCCCAAUUAAUUCACGGAGUUGUGGUAAAAAGAAUUUGGAAAAGAAGCAGAUUACCUAAACAAACACUAGAAGCUAUCUGGGAUUUGGUUGAUUUUAGGAAAGAUGGAACGUUAAACAAGCCGGAAUUUUUAGUAGGGAUGUGGUUAGUAGAUCAAUGUCUUUAUGGAAGGAAGUUGCCAAAAAAGGUAGAUGGUACAGUAUGGAAUAGUCUUGGGAAUGUUGGUUUAAACGUUGUAUUGAAGAAGAAAGGAAGACGUUGA